AUAAAUUUUACUGAGAUCAGUAACAAUGGCAUCCUCAAAUCAUAAAAUAGGCCCAUCCUUGGAUGUCUAUAAAUUAUUUCUAUCAAUAUAACAUUUAACCAGCACAACUAUAGGCAACAAGGAAAUGGCCUGCCUCUUGUUUGCGGUUCUAGUACUAGCUAUUAGCCAUAACAUGGUCCAGGAGGUAGCUGCAGCAGCAAGCCCUGGUUCCAGGGCUCCAUCAGUCUUGCCAAGUGCAGCCAGAGAAUUCCUGGCAGCACACAACCAAGCAAGAGCUGCAGUUGGGGUCGGACCUCUCAAGUGGAGUACGCAACUAGUCAAUGCCGCCAGCCUCCUCGCGAGAUACCAAAGAAACAAAAUGGGUUGUCAGUUUGCAAACCUGACAGAUCACAAGUACGGAGCAAACCAGUUGUGGGGUAGUGGAGCUGCAGUUACCCCAGGAAUGGCAGUGGAUACAUGGGUGAAAGAGAAGAGUUACUAUGAUUAUGCUAGCAAUUCUUGCGCACCGGAUCAUAUGUGCGGAGUUUACAAGCAAGUGGUUUGGAAGAACUCAUCAGAGCUGGGGUGUGCUCAAGCUACAUGCAAGGACCAAACCAGCUUAACUAUUUGUUUCUAUAAUCCUCCAGGAAAUUAUGUAGGAGAAAGGCCAUACUAAAAUAUCAGCUAUGUUGAUCUGAUCUUAAGAUUUUCUUUUAUAUGUUUUUGAACAAAGUACUAUAUAAAUAUUAUUCAGUUAAGUUUGAGGA